AUGGCCGCCCCCAAAACCGAUCAAGAUAGUGGAGCUGCACCUGCACCUGCACCUGCACCUGCACAGGCCCGCUCGGCUGACUGGGUUGAGCUGCACCGAACGUUGCACUCGACUGGCGAUGAGAUUCGACGUCAAGUGGUGGGAGAAGAGUAUGUCAACCGCAGCUUGGCCAACGCGAGCGAGUUCACCAUGCCCAUGCAGCAAUUAGCAACCGAAUAUGCGUGGGGCGGUAUAUGGUCUCGUCCCGGAUUGGCACGACGUGAUCGCAGUAUCCUCAACAUUGGCAUGCUCGCCGCGCUGGGAAAGUCGACUGAACUGGCCACCCACGUUCGAGGCGCACUUAACAAUGGCGUUACCGAGACCGAGGUUCAAGAAUGCUUGCUUCAGGUGGCGACGUAUGUGGGUAUGCCAGCGGGUAUGGAGGCGUUCCGAGCGGCAGACAAGGCGGUGCAAGAAUGGAAGUCUACCAACGCCAACGCUCAUGUCGCUGCUUCAAAGCCCGAACAGAAGUAG